UGUUUUUUUAAGCCCAAGCAAAACUCGAUCCUGUUCGCCUCGCCGUGUCUCCCAUGCCGCCGGCGAGGAGCCCGGCCGCCGGCCUGCGGCGGCGCAAAGUCUUCCUCCCUCUCGUGUUGCUCCUCCCCCUUAUUCUACUGACCCUAAUCCUGAUCUUCCCAUCUCGCUCCAUCCCCGCGCUCCGCGACGCAGCUCUCAGGUCCCAACAGACCUGCGACUACGCUGCCGGCGGAUGGGUGUCCGACUCCUCCGCCGAGUCCCACCUCCGGUACGACCACACGUGCAAGGAGAUCUUCAAGGGGUGGAACUGCAUCGCCAACGGCAAGCGCAACGGCCGCGCCCUCCUCCGCUGGCGAUGGAAGCCCGAAGGGUGCGAGCUACUCCCCAGGCUCGACCCGCUCCGGUUCUUAGAGCGUCAUAGGAACACCAACAUUGGAUUUGUGGGUGAUUCUUUGAAUCGAAACAUGUUUGUCUCAUUGGUCUGCAUGCUCAGGGGAGUGAACGGAGAGGUUCGCAAGUGGCGUCCAGCAGGGGCAGACCGAGGUUUCACAUUCCUACGCUACAACCUCACCCUCGCAUACCACCGAACUAAUCUUUUGGUACGCUAUGGCAGCUGGUCAGCCAGUCCAAACGGAGGUCCCCUAGAAUCUCUUGGAUACAAGCAAGGCCACAGGAUUGAUGUUGAUAUUGCGGACCAAACAUGGGCAGAGGCACCAAGCUUCCAUGAUAUUCUUAUUUUCAAUACGGGGCAUUGGUGGUGGUCCUCUUCAAAGUUUGAUCCAAUACAGUCACCGAUGCUCUUCUUUGAGAAAGGGAAGCCGAUUAUACCUCCUUUACUGCCACCUGAAGGACUGGAUUUGACUCUUAAACACAUGAUAACAUUUGCGAACAAAGCAAUGAGACCCAAUGGAUUGAAAUUCUUCAGCACUCAAUCUCCUAGACAUUUUGAAGGUGGUGAUUGGAAUGAAGGUGGAUCUUGUCAACGUGACCAACCCUUGUCCUCUGAAGAGGUCAAAGAAUUUUUCUCCUUGGACAACAACGGCACAAACACAGAAGUACGUUUGGUAAACCAGCACUUGAUGAAGGCUCUGGAGCAGUCUUCCUUCAGAGUUUUGAACGUCACUCACAUGAGCGAAUUCAGAGCUGACGCUCAUCCGGCGACAACCGGAGGAAAGAAGCACGACGAUUGCAUGCAUUGGUGUUUACCAGGACCAACCGAUGCAUGGAACGAUUUGCUAGCAGCAAGUCUUGCGGCAAUUCAGAGCUAGCCUUGUGAGAAAAUUUCCCCAAUUUUUUUCUUGGGGUAUGAAUACGUUGGAGAUUUCCUCCGAAUACCAAACUGUAGAUUUAACCCAGUAUUGGAGUUUUACGACGUGUACUCCAGAAUCCUAGAAUACAUUAAUUGGAUUUGUUUGUUGGACGAUCAAACAGAGUGGAGUUUUCUCCCACACCGACUUA